AUGUACUCAAAAUUUAAGUUCGAAAAUUUAGCAGAAUUAGGAGUACCACAACCAGAAGAAGGCUCAUUUUCUGUUAAAAUAUCAAAAGGUAGAUCUCCAGUGAUUGAUGUACUUCCUGGAAUAUCAUAUAUAAAGGAACAUACAGUAGUGUUUGAUAAUGGAGAUGAACAUCAAUUUGAUGCAAUUAUUUUUGCUACUGGAUACAAGAAUAUUGCUACCAAAUGGCUAAAGGAUUAUAGCUCAAUAUUCCUUGAAGAUGGCACAUUGAUAAGUUGGAAAGGAGAGAAUGGGCUCUACUGUGCUGGAUUUUCUAGAAGAGGAAUUGCUGGUAUUUCAAUGGAUGCUAUAGCUAUUGCCGAUGAUAUUAAGACUAUUAGAGGAGACAAAAUUUAG